AGCCAACCUUGUCGUGGUACCGAACCUAAGCUUUUCGAUGAGAGGUACGUCUCGGAAUCGGAGUCCUUUGAUCAUCUACCAGAUGCUAGACCGAGAAAACCCCCUCCAAAUCUCUGCGUCAUUCUCGGCAUUAUGACGAAUAUUGUCUCAACAAUCUCUAUUGUCUUCAUAAACAAGUAUAUUUUCUCGAAUGAGGAACUACGCAACUGUCAAUUAGCGCUUGCAGCUUAUCAUUUCUUCAUCACCGGCCUUACGUUGUGGAUUAUAUCCCAGCUUCACUGUGGUGACUUCGUCGCGGAGAGAAUCUCCAUCUACCGCAACUUACACCUUGCCACACUGACCAGCGCCCAAGUAGUUCUCCAGAAUCUCUCGCUCGCAUACUCCUCGGUUUUAUUCCACCAGCUCAUCAGACUACUCCUCACACCAGCUACCGCUUUAUUCAGUUUCCUGAUCUACAAAGCUACUAUGUCAAGAGCAACAAUUAUUCCCUUGAUACUUUCAUGUGGCGGCGUAGGAAUGGUUUUCUAUUUCGAUUUUCAUGCUGCGCCGGAUAAAGCCGUCGGGACAUCUCCAAAAGGAGUAAUUUUCGCUUUCGCCGGCAUACUGACCAGCGCUCUUUACACAAGUCUGAUCGGCGGAUAUCAGAAAAAGUUGCAAAUAAAUAGCAUGCAGCUUCUUCUCAACCAAGCGCCCAUAAGUACCGGCUUACUUAUGUGUCUUGCCCCUGUCGUUGAUACUCCUCCCACGGCCACUACGCUUUCGCCAUCAGUGUGCGUCGCAAUUAUCGGGAGCGGACUGUUAGCCUGCCUCGUAAAUGUAUCCCAAUUUUACGUUAUCAAUGCUGUUGGCCCAGUCAGCAGCACUGUUGUUGGCCAUGUAAAAUCUUGCAUGAUUGUGGGCUUGGGUUGGGCUGUUAGUGAUCGAUCAAUGUCGAUGCAAAGCUGUAUUGGUAUUAUCAUGGCAUUUCUUGGUAUGAGCCUGUAA